UCUUCUGCACGAGCUUAAGGUCCAUGGAGGCUUAGAGAGAGAAAACAUAGACUUUUUAGAGAGAGAAAGAGAGAGUUUAUCUCUCUUCUUCUGUUUCUUCUUGUGAAGAAGGCCCCGGAAAAAAAAGAAGAUUCUCUGGCGAAAGUUAGAGAGAGAAACUCGUGAUGUUUUAAGGGGAGUUUUCGCUGCGAGUUUUUUGAAUCGCCUUUUUCCGGCGACCCCUGCCUGAAGAUUUUUGUCUUUGGAGGUGAGAGAGAUGGCCAACUCGAAGGCUAUCAGUCUCGAAGAGAUCAAGAACGAGGCCAUCGAUCUUGAACGUAUCCCAAUCGAGGAAGUCUUCGAGCUAUUGAAAUGCAGCAAAGAGGGUUUGUCCUCCGAGGAGGGGGAGCAGCGCCUCCAAAUAUUUGGCCCAAACAAGUUAGAGGAGAAAAAGGAAAGCAAGGUUCUCAAGUUUUUGGGUUUCAUGUGGAAUCCUUUAUCAUGGGUCAUGGAAGUGGCAGCUCUGAUGGCAAUUGUUCUGGCAAAUGGAGGGGGGAAGCCACCAGAUUGGCAAGACUUUGUGGGCAUUGUUGUUCUAUUGAUCAUCAACUCCACCAUCAGUUUCAUUGAAGAGAACAAUGCUGGAAAUGCAGCAGCUGCUCUAAUGGCUGGUCUUGCUCCAAAAACCAAGGUUCUUAGAGAUGGGAGGUGGAGUGAGCAAGAGGCUGCUAUCUUGGUGCCUGGUGAUGUUAUAAGCAUAAAGUUGGGAGACAUUGUACCAGCUGAUGCUCGUCUUUUGGUGGGCGAUCCAUUAAAGAUCGAUCAGUCAGCCUUGACUGGUGAGUCGCUUCCGGUUACUAAGCAUCCUGGCGAAGAGGUGUUCUCUGGUUCCACUUGCAAGCAAGGUGAAAUCGAAGCCAUUGUCAUUGCUACUGGUGUCCACACAUUCUUUGGGAAGGCUGCACAUCUCGUCGACUCUACUAACCAAGUUGGUCACUUCCAAAAGGUUCUUACAGCAAUUGGCAACUUUUGUAUCUGCUCAAUUGCUUUGGGAAUGUUGGUGGAGAUCAUAGUAAUGUACCCAAUUCAGCGUAGGAAGUACAGGGAUGGAAUUGACAAUCUCCUUGUCCUCCUUAUUGGUGGAAUCCCCAUUGCCAUGCCCACUGUGCUCUCUGUUACCAUGGCCAUUGGUUCCCACAGGCUCUCAGAGCAAGGUGCCAUCACCAAGAGGAUGACUGCCAUUGAGGAGAUGGCCGGCAUGGAUGUCCUUUGCAGUGAUAAGACUGGAACCCUCACCCUUAACAAGCUUACUGUCGACAAGACCUUGAUCGAGGUGUUCGCAAAGGGCGUGGACAGGGAUAAGGUAGUGCUGCUUGCAGCGAGGGCAUCGAGGGUUGAGAACCAGGAUGCCAUUGACACUGCAAUCGUCAACAUGUUGGCUGACCCCCAGGAGGCCCGGGCAGGCAUACAGGAGGUGCAUUUCUUGCCAUUCAACCCUGUGGACAAGCGCACCGCCAUCACCUACAUCGAGUCUGAUGGUUCUUGGCAUCGUGCUAGCAAGGGCGCACCAGAGCAGAUUGUGGAUUUGUGCAACCUGAGAGAGGAUGCCAGGAAAAAGGUUCACUCCAUCAUUGACAAAUACGCCGAUCGUGGGCUUCGUUCUUUGGCUGUUGCCAGACAGGUGGUGCCAGAGGCGACAAAAGAGAGUGCGGGGCGGCCAUGGGAGUUUGUAGCAGUGUUACCUCUCUUUGAUCCCCCAAGGCAUGACAGUGCAGAGACCAUCAGGAGGGCUCUCCACUUAGGUGUGAAUGUGAAGAUGAUCACAGGUGACCAGCUCGCCAUUGCCAAGGAGACGGGACGAAGGCUGGGAAUGGGCACCAACAUGUACCCUUCCUCCUCCCUCCUCGGCCAGAGUAGGGAUGAAUCAGUUUCUGGCCUCCCCGUUGACGAGCUCAUCGAGAAAGCCGAUGGUUUUGCUGGAGUUUUUCCUGAGCACAAGUAUGAGAUUGUGAGGAAGCUGCAGGAGAGGAAGCACAUAUGUGGUAUGACAGGUGAUGGCGUGAACGAUGCCCCAGCCUUGAAGAAAGCCGACAUUGGUAUCGCCGUUGCUGAUGCUACCGAUGCUGCUAGAAGUGCCUCUGACAUCGUCCUCACUGAGCCUGGUCUCAGUGUUAUUGUGAGUGCCGUUCUCACCAGCAGAGCCAUCUUCCAGAGGAUGAAGAACUACACGAUCUAUGCAGUGUCUAUCACCAUUCGUAUUGUGUUGGGUUUCAUGUUGAUCGCUCUCAUCUGGGAGUUCGACUUCUCUCCUUUCAUGGUUCUCAUAAUCGCGAUCCUCAACGACGGGACAAUCAUGACAAUCUCAAAGGACAGGGUGAAGCCAUCGCCAAUGCCAGAUAGCUGGAAGUUGAAGGAGAUCUUUGCAAUGGGGGUGGUGCUCGGGACUUACCUCGCCGUCAUGACUGUGGUCUUUUUCUGGGUGGUGCACAAGACUGACUUCUUCUCGGAUGUGUUUGGAGUCCGCUCAAUCAAGGAUAGCCAAACGGAGCUGACAACAGCGCUGUACUUGCAAGUCAGCAUCGUGAGCCAGGCCCUCAUCUUUGUCACCCGAUCAAGGAGCUUGUCCUUCACUGAGCGCCCUGGCCUCUUGCUGCUGUUUGCCUUUGCCGUCGCUCAGCUCAUCGCCACCCUCAUUGCCGUCUAUGCAAACUGGGGCUUCGCAAGGAUUUCUGGCAUUGGGUGGGGUUGGGCUGGUGUCAUUUGGCUCUACUCCAUUAUCACCUAUUCCCCUCUCGACAUCUUCAAAUUCAUAGUUCGCUAUGCUCUCAGUGGCAAGGCAUGGGACACUCUCCUCCAAAACAAGACUGCUUUCACAUCAAAGAAGGAUUAUGGAAAGGGUGAAAGAGAGGCGCAGUGGGCACUUGCCCAGCGCACCCUCCACGGCCUGCAGCCCCCGGAGUCGUCGCAAAUCUUCAACGACAAGACCAACUACAGGGAGCUCACCGAGCUUGCCGAGCAAGCCAAGCGUCGUGCUGAAGUUGCUAGGCUUCGAGAACUACAUACACUAAAAGGGCAUGUGGAAUCUGUGGUGAAGUUGAAGGGUCUGGACAUCGAGACCAUCCAACAACAUUAUACUGUUUAAGAGAGAGAUGUCACUUACUCACCAAAAUCAAGCAAGAGAGAGAGACAAAUGGGAAUUGUGAGGGACCUAGAAGUUGGGGGAGUUUGUGUUUGUAUUCAUGUGUUUUUUUUUUUUUCUCUCUUAAUAUUAAACUUUUUUCUUUGAAUUUUUGGAAGGCUAUUUGUAUUUUUGUGUUCUCAUUUUUUUUUCUCUCUCUCUACAUAUUAACCAUUUUUGUUUAGGCAGAAGGGUUUGUAAGUUGAGAAUAAUUUUCUAUAAUGGCAUCCUUUUCUCGGCUUUUAAGUCGUCAA